UUUUGUUUUGCGCCGCACUCGGGCAAACUUCAGUUCGUGAUUAUAAGCAAAGGCAUAAGCAUUGGGAUAUCGGACGUCCCGCUGUCGGUCUUUAGAAGAACAAAAGAAAUAAAAUGAGUGAAACCGCCAAGCCAAAAUUUAUUUUUGAUUUUCAAAAAUUAAUCAAAACUUUCACUGAGAUCUGUCCGGACUUCUGUGCCGAGCCGAGCUAUGCGAAUGCCACAGUGAGUCGCCGGUUCGCCGAGCAGGUGAUCUUCGAGUACAGCAAGGAGGCCAAAGAGGCCAAAGCGAAGAACCUCGAUGAGAUUCAGAGAAUGUCGCUGCAGACAAAGAACGCCCAGGGUUACUUAAUAAAGAACAGGGUGACCAUAGUGCUGCACACCCGAAAUCCGGCACCGCCGAAUCAACCCAGCCUGGUAGACGGCAAUCUAGAGCUGACCUUCAAGCAGGCCAGUCUGCUGGCCGUGGCCAAGUACUGCCAGCUGGUGCCGCAUCUGGUGCAGCGCGAUGAGAUUGUGCUCACUCCGCUGGCCGGGGCGGUGUUCGCCAAGGAGGAUAUGCCGCAGCUGGCCAGAGUACUGAACGAGCCGCUGGCCGAGCUGGUGAUGGCCAUCAUCAGCAGCUGCCAGACGGAUGGCUACUAUCUGGAGCACAGCCGCUGCGAGAUCGCACUUGCAGCCCUCAUCAAGACGGUGAGCGAUCUGAAGAUGCGAGCUUCGCUCGUCAAGAAGACCAUCAAGAUGUACAAGCUCUAUGGCAAGGAGUUCGACAUGCGCAGGUUCCAAAUAUGCAUCAGGUUUCUCAAACCCAAUAGCAGUUCGAAUCGCUCGAGCAAUGAUAUCGAGCAGAUUUGUUCCAGUGUCAUGGCAAUCGAUCUGAAAGCCGACUCAAAGCCUGUGCGUCCCAUGCCGAAGCCCAAGAUGACGUGCGCCGCGAACUUCAGCGGUAAAACUCUGCAAAGCAACAAAAAAUGAAACUUUGUCUACUUUUCUUAAUAUGGUACUUAUUGCGCGGAAAAAAAUUUAAAGGGAAAACUGAUUUAGACACUCGCUUGUUUCUUAUGCCACUACUUUAUCAAUCUUGAAAUUGGAUAACCCAAUUCAAGACCUUACUAAAUCAGGAUUGAACUCCCUUACAAAAAUCAGUUUAUGUUUGUUAUUCAACUUUCCUUUGACACAAGCGUAUGAAAAAAAAAAAAAAAUUAAAAAGCUUAAAAAUGGUAUAUAUGUAUGUACCCUAUAAAAUAAAUACUUAAACUACAUUAUAUCAAACUGUAUCUUUCAUAAUAUUCAAUAAAUAUUUUCUUCAUCUUUUCAUAAA